AUGGAUGUGUCCGUCGAUCGUGUCAUUUCCAAAGAUGAAUCAAAAGAAGCAGAUGAUAUUUUGAAUACCAAAACUGGUGAGGACAUUACUCUUAUCUGGUACGAUCAGAAGAUUGACAUUGAAAUUCAAACUCUAAUGGACAAUACAAAUGAUUGCAACUAUCUGUGUUACACUUCCGAACAGCUCAAAGAGGAGGUGGAGAAGAAUGUGAAUGAAAAAAUUAUUUUAAUCGUGUCAGGUCAACUAGCUCAAGAAACGCUCUCUACGUUUCAUGGGAAAGAUGAUAUUGAUUCUGUUUAUAUUUUUUGUAAAAAAUCGCAACAAUAUCAGCCUUUAAUUGAUUCUAAAAAGUAUCCAAAACUUGUCGGUAUCUAUACACAGUAUAAAGAACUCUUCGACGUAAUUCAAAAACAAUUACGUAUACUGAUUAAAUUUCGAAUAUUCAGUCAGAAACCAAAAGCUUUUCGUCUUCUUUCAAACGAUUCAGGAGGAUAUUUAUGGUACCAAUUACUGAAAGACUUUCUCUUUAAAAUGCCAGUUACAGAGACUACUGAAAAAGAAAUGUUAGCUUGCUGUCGAUACCAGUACCGUUCUAAUCCGAAACAGCUGGAAAUGAUUGACGAAUUUGAAGAAAUUUAUGCAUCUCCUCAGGCAAUUACAUGGUACACUCGUGAUUCAUUUCUUUAUCGUAUUGUGAACAGAGCACUUAGGACACAAGAUAUUGAUGCGUUAAUGCAAUUACGCUAUAUUGUCACCGAUCUCUGUGCUCUUUUGAAGCAAACAAGCGAUGAACAGAAAGCAAAGCGAACGAAUCGAACACUCUAUCGUGGCUUGAGAUUAAGUGAUAUUGAGAUCGAACAACUAAAGGGAAAUGAAGGAAACUUGCUGGCUACAAAUGGGUUCUUGUCAACUACUCCUUCAUUAGCUGUAGCAGUAGCAUUUGCAGCGAAUGUAAUAUUCGAAAUUAAUAUGCAAGGAGUACCUAUGAAGGCCGUCCGAGAAAAAAUCAACCUUAUUUCUCGCCGUCAUUGGCUUAUCCGAUUUUCUCCAGCUUUGUCUGACGCUCCUUCGAUCUGGAAGUCCAGCAAAACUGUUUCUUAUUUUCUCUAG